GAAGGACAACUCUAAUGAGACCGGAGAGACAAGACCUGAGCAGACUGCACGGAAAGUGUGCUCACCGACGAACUUUGCUCUUAAUUCAACUAAAAGUUAUUCUCCUUUUCUAGUUGUUCACAUUAAACGUGGUGAUAAGAAGUGCGUGGUAACAGUAGAUUUAGAAAAAAACCUGAAACAAGUCGCUUCGUUAAAUAUAGCGCGUCUGCAGGCGAAACACUUGUGGGAAGCGCGUUAACCUCUAACUUCCUGGUCUCCUCCCUCUGCUGGAACUCCUAGAGCUGAUCCCAGAGAGAGGAGAGAGGUCUGUCAGCAGCAGUACUGAGGCCACGCCCCCGUAUGGCUACCAGCUAGACCUGGACUUCCUGAAGUAUGUGGACGACAUACAGCGUGGCAACACCAUCAAGAGGCUGAAUAUCCAGCGGAAAGCCAGGCCUGUCCGGCCGGCGGCGGAGCCCGUGCCCAGGGGAGGUUGCUCUGGUGGGGGCAGCGGGUACAGUGGGCAGGGCCAGGCUGAAUGGACCUCCACAGGCUCCCUACCCUCCUUCAGUGAAGAGGCACAGCAGAGUCCCCUCUUCUACCCCUCCCCUCAGCCUCACCCUCCCUCCACCCUGAUUUACCACGCCCAUGCCCCUCUCCCGUCCCGUGAGCCCUCCCAUCCCCUUUUUCCCCUACCCCCCCGAGGGCUACCUGAGCGUCCCCCCCGAACCCCCUCAACGGCCCCGGCUCCCGCCCCCCUCUCUGUGGGAACCUCCCCUCCUCAACCCCCAGGUUGAGAAGACCCUGAUGGAGACGAGGAGGAGGUUAGAACAGGAGCGGCACCUCAUGCAGCCCGCUCCCCCUCCGAACCCCCCCGGCCCUGCUCCUCGCCAACGCCUGGCCUCCUUCGGAGGGAUGGGGGGGUCCAGCACCUCCCUGUUCUCCCCUAGCACCCCACAGCCCCUGCUGCCAAACGGGGGUGUAGGUAGUGGAGAGUACAACCCCUACUACACUUCCAUGGGUUCCUCUAUCCACCACAGCCCCAUGUCAUCAGGCAUGACCACGCCGGCCACCAACGUGUCUCCGCUCCACCUGCAGCACAUCCGGGAACAGAUGGUGGUGGCCCUGCGGAGGCUGAAGGAGCUAGAGGAGAAGGUGAAGACCAUACCUGUCCUACAGGUGAAGAUAGCCGUGCUGCAGGAGGAGAAGAGACAGAUGACCUCUCAGAAGAACCAGAGGCUAGGGGUGGGGAGCGUAGUGGGAGGGGGGUUCAGGAAGAGGUCCUAUAGCGUAGGCAGUGCUGACCAGUUGGACCCCCAGAAUACCCUGCAGACCCAGGAGCUGCACAUUAUGGAGCCAGAGGGUCAGGAGGGUCAGGGCCAUAGUCAGAGUACCAUGGGGAUGGAGGAGUUCAGGAGGCUGGCUGCAGAGGUCCAAGCCCUGGGGGCGAACAGCCAGGAGCAAGGGUCUCACCAGGCCAGGCAGACCCAGACCUCCUUCCCUCUCACCCACAAUAACAGCAACCAGCUCACCUCCACGGCGGUCGGCCCAGAUGAGAACAUGAACGGCGCCACGGUGGUCGCACAGAGGAAGUCGCCGGUGAUGACGACGGUACAACAACGACGCUUCUACCGUGACGUCGGAAUGGCGACGGAGCAGCGUGAGACGCGCAGUGCUGGGACGGGUGUGACGGAAGCCAUGUUGGGCGUGGCCAGCGAGGUGGAGGCGGAGUUAGACUUGCAGCAGCAGACCAUCGAGGCCCUGAAGGAGAAGAUCUACCGGCUAGAGGUGGACCUGAGAGAGACCACCCACCUGAUGGAGAUGUCCAAGCUGAAGCUAGAGCUGCAGGCCGCUGGGGGAGCCAAUAGGAAGAGGGCUGAUAAAGGCUUCCAGGUGCGGCCAGACACCUACAGCAUAGCCUGCCAGGCGCGGCCAGACACCCAGAGCACUGGCUCAGAGACCUGGAGAGUCCAGACGCACAGCCAGGGAGUGGGGAACCAUCUAGAGACCAGCCAUGCCUCCACAGGGGAGACCCUCCACACUGUAGGGGUAGGGGUGUCCUGUCAACCCAGCCUGAGACACACUGCUUCGGGACCUGACCUGCCCAUGGAGAGGUGGCUGGUGCAGGAGAGGGUAGAGGUGCAGGACCAGUGUGUGGGGAGGCAGUUGGAGGUGUGUGACCAGGGGGUGAACACUGAUGAGGAAGUAAACGGUCUAGAGCUGUGUAAGGCCCAGGAGACAGAGGCCAGGGAGAGGGAGAGCAGGUUGGUGGUCGUCCGGGAGUGUUCUAGAGACGUCACCGUCAGACAGCUAGUCACCAUGGGGACUAACCCUGUCCUGGGCGCCACCACGGACUUUGCUGUCAUGGUAACCCCAGACACAGCCUCCCAACACACCAGCACCCUUCUGGAGACCGCUAGCCAACACACCAACACAGAGACAGUGGUGCUAGCUGACGGCUGUACCAACACCGCCCUGCUCCACACUGCUGAGAAACACACCAGCACGCUAACCAAUCACACAAGGACUGUCGCUGUGGGCGAGGGGCUGGUCAAAGACCCACAGACCGUGCCCAAAACCAGGUCUAUUGCCGUGGGAAACACAGCGCAGAGAGACGGCAGUCCGGAGGAGGCAUGGUCGGCCCAGACCAAAGAGGUUGGCGUCGGUCUGGUCGGCAUCCACACCAACUUCCUGGUCGGCCUGAAGACCCGGAACAUUGCCUGUGGCCCCUCCCACCUGGACGGAACCGCUGUUACCGAGGAGACCGUUGCCGUGACGACUGUUGUACCACCCCAGGCCCAGGCCAUACAGCCCCAGCAGGUGGAGGGUGGGGCAGGACUAGACCACUACAUAGAGAGGCUUCAGAACCUACUUCAGGAACAACAGAUGUUGUUGACUGAGAACUACAGUGAGCUCGCGGAUGCUUUCGGACAGCCCAGCUCUUCUCAGUUCACCCACUUUGGUUCUAUCAACAGCCAGCUGGUCAACACUCUGACUUCUAUCAACUCUGUCAUCAAGUAUGGCAGUGCUGAGGAUCUGAGAACUCAGCGAGAUGGCAGCAGCACCGCUACAGAUCGAGGUCAGCUGCAGGUGUCCAGUGAAGUCAUCCAGAGUUCAGAGGUCAGCCAGACGGAGAUAGUGUCACAUGACCCCAGGUCCCCGCCCAGCCCGGCCACGCUGAAGCACCGUAUGAACCAGCAGAUGUCCAGCGCCUUGAACGGUGGUAAGAGCUCUCUGAAGUCCAUCAUGAAGAAGAAAGAUGGCCGCCAGGGUUCUUUGGGAACCAAGAAGAACCUACAGUUUGUAGGAGUCAAUGGAGGGUAUGAGACAACGUCGAGUGAUGAAUCAGAGGACAGCAGCUCCUCUGAAACAGAGGAGGAAGAGGAGGAGGACGAGGAGGAGGGGAAGGUGUUCGGAGGAGGAGAGGAAGUUGAAGAGAGGAACACAGAGGAUUUCCAGAAUGCGGGAGCAGUGGAAGUGGGGAGGAGUGAAGAGGAGGGAGGAGGAGAGAAGCAAGAGAUGAGAGAGAGGUUUGAGUUGAGUGAGAAGAUGUUGGCUGCCUGUAACGUGUUGAAGAACCACCUGAAUGAUGGCAAGGCCUUAGCCAGUAAAGAUGUGAGAGCCUGUGUGAACACAGUUCAGAACGAGUGGUUCUGUGUGUCCAGUCAGAAGAUGGUGGUGCCUGGCAUGGUGGAGGACUAUUUAACAGCGUUCCGUGACAUCUCGCCGGCCAUGCUGCGUCACAUUGUCAACAUGGCGGACGGUAACGGGAACACGGCGCUCCACUACAGCGUGUCACACUCCAACUUCCACAUUGUCAAGACGCUGCUCAACGCAAAUGUGUGUAACGUGAACCAGCAGAAUAAGGCUGGCUAUACUCCCAUCAUGCUGUCUGUGCUGGCGGCUGUCGAGGCUCCUAAAGACAUGGCCAUCGUAGAGUACCUCUUCAGCAAGGGAGACGUCAACGCUAAGGCCAGCCAGGCUGGCCAGACAGGGCUGAUGCUGGCGGUCAGUCAUGGCAGGAUGGACAUGGUUCGGGCGCUGCUGGCCCAGGGGGCAGAGGUCAAUGUCCAGGAUGAUGAGGGUUCUACAGCCCUGAUGUGUGCCAGCGAACAUGGCCACGCUGAGAUAGUCAAACUACUGCUGGCCCAGCCGGGCUGCGACGCCACUCUCAGCGACAGCGAUGAGAGCAAUGCCCUGUCUAUCGCUCUGGAAGCCGGUCACAAGGACAUAGCAGUGUUGUUGUACGCCCACGUAAACUUCUCUAAGGCCCAGUCACCGGGAACCCCUCGUCUGAGCAGGAAGAUGUCCCCCAGUCCCACCAGGAGGGGCAUGUUUGACUAGCGCCACUGCCCAUUGGUCAAGUCUCAUGACACCAACCAACCAACCGCUGAGGAUUUCAACCCCAGGGACAGACUUUGGCCCCACCCCCUGACAACCUGAUUGGACCAUGUGGGAUUAUUGACCAUGCAGUUCAACCAGAAAGGUUCCCUGGGUUUAUUGACCAUGGGGUUCAACCAGAAAGGUUCCCUGGGUUUAUUGACCAUGUGGUCCAACCAGAAAGGUUCCCUGGGUUUAUUGACCAUGGGGUUCAACCAGAAAGGUUCCCUGGGUUUAUUGACCAUGUGGUCCAACCAGAAAGGUUCCCUGGGUUUAUUGACCAUGGGGUUCAACCAGAAAGGUUCCCUGGGUUUAUUGACCAUGUGGUCCAACCAGAAAGGUUCCCUGGGUUUAUUGACCAUGGGGUUCAACCAGAAAGGUUCCCUGGGUUUAUUGACCAUGUGGUCCAACCAGAAAGGUUCCCUGGGUUUAUUGACCAUGGGGUUCAACCAGAAAGGUUCCCUGGGUUUAAAGACCAUGAUGAAAGAUGAAACAUAUUGAUCAGCCUUGUAAUAAGAUGAGUUGGUAUUGGUCAGUCUUCUACAUGAACAUCCCUAAGUGCCCUAAUUUAAACUGAAUGUAUAGAGAAGUGUGUUAUUUACUGUAGCUAUCUAGCUACCUGAAAGAAGACACCACCAGCAUUCUGUCUGCUCUGAGUAGAUAGAGAGGAGGAGGGAGAGGAGAGAGAGGAGGAGGGAGAGGAGAGAGAGGAGGAGGGAGAGGAGAGAGAGGAGGGAGAGGAGAGAGAAGGAGGGAGAGGAGAAAGAGAAGGAGGAAGAGGAGGAGGGAAAAAAGGAGUGGUAGAGAGAGGAGGAGGGAGAGAAUGAGGAGGAAAGAGUGAGGAGGAGGAGGGAGCGAAGGAGAAGAGAGGCCAUACUACUUGAGGAGCUGGACUUCAUAAGAACCCAGAAACACAUGUACUGUAUUCUAGAAAUGGGCUGCAGUAGACACGCGUCCUGUCCAGGCAGGUUCCUCACGAGAGAGAGAUGUUCCUGGCUCAGAUACUUACUUAUCCAGACUAUAGACCUUUUCAACUGUCAAAACAAUAACACGUUCUGGUCGCACGCGCAACCAAGAGGUUCCCCAGAAAACAUCCGGUGCUGCGGUGCCUCAUAAUUGCUAACUAGCUAGGUAGUUGGCUAGCUAGCACAAAAUGACAAGUUCACAUUUCAUCCACCGAAAAACUGAACAAACAACUUAUUGACUUGCUACCAGAUCCACUAAAUACAAUCAUAAAUACAAUCUCGUUUAUUAUCCGUUUGCUCUGGUGGUGUUGCAUUAGGCUAGCACAGUAAUUAACCACAGAGCUAGCGUGAUGUAAGGGUAGAGAAAGAUCAGCUGACCUUGUUAGCCAGCCAGAGCUAGCGUGAUGUAGGGGUAGAGAAAGAUCAGCUGACCUUGUUAGCCAACUAGAUUAAUUUCUCUCACAACAGCCAACAAUAUAACUAAACUAAAUGUAGCUAGAAUCUGAGUCCAAUGUUUGACGGCCUCAUUGUUUACAACAAAGUUAGCUAGCAGCAGUAAUUACCUGUUAUGAGAAUUUUGUUCUCAAUCUAGCUAUAACGUUAAACUUACAUUUUCCCAGGAUGUAAGGACCAUCCCAACCAUGAAUACUAUGGUCGAAAAAAUGCUAAUUCUGACCUUGAGAAAACAACUACACUAAGUUAACUAGCUAGCUGUUUACAGCUGCCCCGGAAGUUUUUUACAAACUCACCGGAAGUUCUUUGGGGUUCCAUGGUUCACUUGCGCUCCUCCUAAAACAGCUGUUGAAAAGGUCUAUAGGUCCCAGCAGUAGUCCCAACACUACUGCCCUGUAAGACUAGAUACAGUCUGUUGAAAAGGUCUAUAGGUCCCAGCAGUAGUCCCAACACUACUGCCCUGUAAGACUAGAUACAGUCUGUUGAAAAGGUCUAUAGGUCCCAGCAGUAGUCCCAACACUACUGCCCUGUAAGACUAGAUACAGUCUGUUGAUAUUCAUGCUCCUGGACAGAUUAUUAACAUACAGCUCAUAGUUGUGAUGAAGGCUAAAGAGCACAAGGACAUGUUGUUAUUAUUCAUAACUAUCAUCACCUAUAUUGUUUAUCACCACAGGAGGCAGUUGCUAUAUUAGAUUCUAUGUCACCCGCAAUAGAGCCUUUCAUUUAGACUAAAUGUUUGUACAUAUUAUAUUGUCAUAUUGUUUUCUUUACCUGCCUGCCACCUUUAAUGGGUCUGUAUGUGUACACCACCACCUUUAAUGGGUCUGUAUGUGUACACCACCACCUUUAAUGGGUCUGUAUGUGUACACCGCCACCUUUAAUGGGUCUGUAUGUGUACACCGCCACCUUUAAUGGGUCUGUAUGUGUACUCCACCACCUUUAAUGGGUCUGUAUGUGUACACCACCACCUUUAAUGGGUCUGUAUGUGUACUCCACCACCUUUAAUGGGUCUGUAUGUGUACACCACCACCUUUAAUGGGCCUUUAUGUGUACACCGCACCUUUAAUGGGUAUGUAUGUGUACUCUACCACCUUUAAUGGGUCUGUAUGUGUACACCAUCACCUUUAAUGGUUCUGUAUAUGUACUCCACCACCUUUAAUGGGUCUGUAUGUGUACACCAUCACCUUUAAUGGGUCUGUAUAUGUACUCCACCACCUUUAAUGGGUCUGUAUGUUUACACCAUCACCUUUAAUGGGUCUGUAUGUGUACUCCACCACCAUUAAUGGGUCUGUAUGUGUACACCAUCACCUUUAAUGGGUCUGUAUGUGUACACCAUCACCUUUAAUGGGUCUGUAUGUGUACUCCACCACCUUUAAUGGGUCUGUAUGUGUACUCCACCACCUUUAAUGGGUCUGUAUGUGUACACCGCACCUUCUCAAAUGGAUAAUUGUAACUCAAUCUUCUCUGGAUUGGAUAUAAAUUCUACUUUUAUACAAAUCUAUUUAAUUUGUAUGUAUUUAAAAAUCACAAUAUUUUGAAUAUUUCCUAUUACUUCUUAACGUUACAUGAAGAUAUAUAUUUAUCAAGGUAUAGUUUUUAAUGCAAAUAUCAUUGUAUUUCCUUGUAUGUACUGUAAUGUGUUGGAGCUGGUAAGUGUAUUGUCCUAUUGUAGUAAAACCAUUGAGAAGGAGAGAGAGGUACUUUGAUCUGGUUGAAGUUUAAAGUGCCUGGAACGUAUUGCCAUAUAACAAUAAACUUAAUUCAAAUGA